AUGACUGCCGCUUCAAGAGUCAUUCAGCUGCGUUUCAUCAUUCUGUUAGCGAUGCGCCUCCAACUUGCAGCUUGUUUACUGGCGUGGUUAUCCACCUUCCAUGUAUCUGCAACUCAAGAAUGGAAUUUCACACUUCAGUUGCCCCAUCAAAGACCGGCAUGGGCUGAGAAACUGUCGCCUAACCUCAUCGCUUUCAGUCUGGAACUGGAUCGCUGGCCCUAUUGGGCUGGUGAGGCCGUGGGAAAGCCCAAUAAUUAUUUUCAUCAGCUGUUGAGGAAUCUAGCGGAUAGGACUGGACAUAUGGCCUUUCUUAGGGUCGGAGGUAACUCGGUUGACCGCGCCACAGUUGAUCUUGGAAUUGAAGUUAUGGAUGCUAUCUUUCCACUACCGACUGAAGGAGAACCCAAUCCCGAAGCACAGCACGUCUUCAUUGGCCGCGACUUCUACGCUUUAUCUGGAAAUCUCCCACCUGGCAACGAGCCUGACUUUUUUGGCCUGACACGAUCUCCUGUCAAUGGGAGCCUGGGCCGCGACUGGGAUGUGGCAAAUUAUACCGCUACAUGGCUAGAAUUUGCAAGUACCAUCAGCAGUAUGAUUGACUUCAAUUGUUCCAAUCCGGAUAGCCCGAAGCUUUAUCCCGGUACCUUUACCUCGUGGGAAGCACCAGAAUGGACUCCAGAGGGCACAUUCACAGCCGGAUUGCUGGAAAAUGGCGGGAUCAGGUGUAAAAUAUCUCAUUGGAAUCAGCACUUAUACUCGAGCGCGUUUGACCCUCGUCGCGUUGUGAGGCCGGGUGAGUUGAUGGACAAGAUUUUCAUUCGUGCCAACUUGUCUUCAAGGACAAGUGGGCGCAUAGCAGCUCGAUCUGCUGGGCUAGGAUACGUAAUGGGUGAGACGAACUCGGUGGCACGUCACGGGCAACCCGGCUUGAGCAACACCGUAGAAGCUGCACUUUGGACCACCGACUACCUGCUUUUAUGCGCCUCCUACGGCGUGGAGCGAGUGUAUCUGCACCAAGGGGUUGGUUAUCGAUACAGCGCUAUUCAGCCUAUUUGGGAUGCUGGUGAUGGGCUCAACAUUUCACGUCCACACAUCCUACCUUCCUAUAACGCUCUUCUAGUUGUCAACGAGGCAAUUGGCGAGUCUCGAGACGCAUUUGUAGCCGAACUACCCACUACCAAUGUGACUCUGACAGCAUACGGAAUAUGGGAAGGUGAGCAGCUUAUGCGCCUCGUGGUAUUGAACACGCAAGUAUAUCUCGGGACUGGUGAAAAAUCGAGCAUCAACGUAACGCUCAAUGGACUGUCGCUGGCUGGCAGGUCUACUCUCAAGCGCCUGCAAUCGGAAAAAACCACUGCGUACACGGGAGUGACCUGGGCCGGGCAGAGCUUUGAGACCGCGUCCGGUAAACCUCAGGGAAAGGUGACGGAGGAAAUAGUGCUAGGAACGUCUUUUAAUCUUCCAGCAUCCUCGAUAGUAUUGGUCACGUUAAGAGACAAGUGA